AUGUGGAGCUCAGAGGAAGGAAACGAAACGACCAUUGCAGAAUUCAUCCUUGUGGGAUUUGGGAAUCCCCCUGAGCUGCAGCCUCUUCUUUUCUUACUCUUCCUGGUGAUCUAUAUUGUGACAAUAACUGGGAACCUCCUUAUCUUUUUGGUAAUUGUGAUUGAUCAUCACCUUCAUACGCCCAUGUACUUCUUCCUGGCAAAUUUGUCCUGCCUGGAGACUUGCUAUAGUUCAACCAUCUUGCCCCAAAUGUUGACCAAUUUGUUAACGGGUGAGAAAACCAUUACUUUUAGUGGAUGCAUAGCUCAAUAUUUUUUCUUUGGCUCUUUUGCCUCUAUCGAAACAUACCUCCUGGCAGCAAUGUCUUACGACCGCUAUUUAGCAAUAUGUAGACCAUUGAUCUAUGCUUCCACUAUGCAGAAUAAAUUAUGUUUUCAGCUCAUGGCUGUGACAUGGAUUAAUGGCAUGUUGGUUAACUGCUUAAUAACAUAUCUGCUGGCUCAGUUAUCCUUCUGUGGCCCAAAUACUAUAGAUCAUUAUUUCUGUGACUUCAUCCCACUGGAGAAACUGUCCUGCACUGACACAAGCAUCCUUGUACUCGUCUUCUUUCUCUUGACCUUUAUUUUCACCGUGACCCCAUUUCUACUGACUCUCACAUCCUAUGCUUGCAUCAUUGCGUCCAUCCUGAAGAUCCCAUCCACCACUGGGAGGCAAAAGGCCUUUUCAACCUGUUCCUCUCAUCUCAUGGUAGUUUGCCUAUUUUACGGUACAAUAAUCAUUGUCUACAUGUUGCCAGAUACCCCUACUCUGAGAGACCUCAAUAAAGUCUUCUCUGUUUUUUACACAGUCCUGACUCCUUUAGUCAACCCCCUCAUCUACAGCCUGAGAAACAAAGAAGUUCACAGAGCUAUAAGACAAAUUUGUGGUAAAUUAACCAUUUCUGCAAGGAAUCAGCUGACCUCAUCCCUCUCCUUUCAGUUCAUCAGCAAAUCCAAAUUCUGA